AUGGACUUUGGCCAGGAUAUGAUCUGCUCUAUUUGUGGACCUACCCCGGAUGCAACUAUAUGGGAUGGUGUUACUGUUGCGUACAGUCGGAGAAAUUUGCUUCCGUCUUUGACUCCUCCAACAAUACAAGGGGAAAGAUCAAUUCAGCGGUCAAAUGUAUGUCCAGUAAAACAUAUACAGCUUAUCCCAAAUCGAAAUCUUCGACUCCUACUACGCUUUGUUAUAAAGGGACCUCAACUCAGCACUUUAUCAAACCAGGUUUUCUCCGAAGGAACUGUGGAAUAUGAUCGGAACAAAAAACUUGUCGAGAGGAUAACAAAAAUUCCGGAUCUUGUUGAGAAGUUGUCAGAAAUCAACAUUAGUCUUGGACGGCUGUUUAACACACAUUUUGGACUGGCGGUUGUUCUUCAGCGUGACCCUUUGGAUAUUUACAUAAAGUUUUUCACUCAGAUUUCUUCGGACGAAAAUGCACUGCAAAUGAUAACGCACGGUUCACUAAUGGAUCUUAGGCGUUUUAUUAGGAAUCCACUUGAUUCCAAAGCAUCGGCAUUACGAUUCAUCCCCAGUCUGUACCAAGUGGUUAAGCACGAAAUCAAAACUGGAAAGUUGAGUGCUGAUGUACUUGGUGUCUGUGAAUGGCUUUAUCUACGAUCCAAGGUAGUGUUUGAUUUGUUGAGGGUCCAUGAAAUGUCCCAAGCACCGCCUUUGGACAAAUAUAUACCACAGGAUGAGUGGUUAAAGACUGGAUGCUGCUAUGCAAUGCCAGCCAUUCGCGAUCGCUCUUAUUACCCAAAUUUACCCUAUGAAAACGGACUGGAUCUUGGGGGAGCUGACAUUGAUGAAGAUGUUUGCCACAAAUACUAUUCGACAUAUUCCAAAAAGCGAUUGACCGGUGGCAUCAUGUGUGUCUGGUGCACACACAGUGUAUGCUACGGUUUUCAUUGCAUCCGUGCAGCCGAAGGACGAAACGACGUAUUUUCGGCAAUUUAUACCCGAUGGAGGAAGGCUCCAAAAGUCGUCGUUUAUGAUUUUGCAUGUGCACUGCAGCCCUACUGCAUGUCCCGUGAACCCGAUUUUUUCAAGGAUACUUUAUUUGCUAUUGACAUCUUCCACUCAAGCGAGCAUAAAUGUGGAGAGGCAUGUUUUCUGUCCACAUACUGCGCUGACAAUCCAGAGUUGCUAAAACUCAACUCGAGUGCUGCAGAAUGUGGGAAUAGUGGGAUUGCCAAAAUUCGGAAAGCUGUUAGCUACAUGACACAGGAAAGGGCGGUGAUGUAUAUGCGAGUUUUCUUCUCUAUAUGGAACAGGCAACAGAUUCAGAAGAUGGAAGGUAGACAGUGA